AUGUUUAUGUGCUCUUGCCACGAAGACGAAUGUAAUUUAAAGUUUGCAUUGCAAGAACUUAGAAAUCCUGGCGGCCCUGACACAACUAUUGUUGCACUGGCAAGUCUUCUUCCACCAGUUGUUAUUGCAGUUGCAGUAAUCUCCAUUUUUUAUUGCUACCGAAUUCAUAGAAAAAUUAAGCUCGACAAGAAGUGGGAAAGUAACCAAAAAUGUAUCAAACACCCAAAUAUGGAAUGUUCCAUUAUGUUAGAUGAUGACCGUUCAGAUAUAAGCUCGACAUGUGCCAACAACCUAAAUCACAACACUGAACUUCUUCCCAUUGAAUUGGACACCUUGGUUGGAAAGGGAAGAUUUGCUGAAGUUUACAAAGCCAAGCUCAAACAGAAUACUUCAGACCAAUUUGAAACAGUGGCCGUCAAAAUUUUUCCUUAUGAAGAAUAUGCAUCUUGGAAAAUGGAGAAAGAAAUCUUUUCGGAUAUAAAUCUAAAACACGAAAAUGUUUUACAGUUUUUGACUGCUGAAGAGAGGAAAACAGAUAUUGGAAAGCAAUACUGGUUAAUCACGGCCUUUCACUCCAAAGGCAAUUUACAGGAAUACUUAACAAGACACAUCAUUAGUUGGGAAGACCUCCUACUGCUUGGCGGCUCUUUAGCUCGUGGGGUUGCCCAUUUACAUAGUGACCAUACACCAUGUGGAAGACCAAAGACUCCAAUAGUGCAUCGAGACUUGAAAAGCUCAAAUAUACUUGUUAAAAAUGAUCUCACGUGUUGUUUAUGUGACUUUGGAUUAUCUCUCUGGCUGGAUCCAUCUCUUUCAGUGGAUGAUCUUGCUAACAGUGGGCAGGUUGGAACUGCCAGAUAUAUGGCCCCAGAAGUCCUUGAAUCAAGAAUAAAUUUGGAAAACAUGGAAUCAUUUAAACAAACAGAUGUGUAUUCCAUGGCACUGGUAUUAUGGGAAAUAACAUCCCGUUGUAAUGCAGUUGGAGAAGUAAAAGAUUAUGAACCUCCAUUUGGAACCAAAGUACGAGAGCACCCAUGCGUUGAAAGCAUGAAGGAUAAUGUCCUCAGAGAUCGAGGUCGACCUGAAAUUUCCAAUAGUUGGUUGAAUCACCAGGGUAUCCAGCUUGUAUGUGAAACCAUAACAGAAUGUUGGGACCAUGACCCAGAGGCCAGGCUCACUGCCCAAUGCGUAGCUGAGAGAUUUAAUGAGUUAGAAAAUCUUGACAGAAUCUCUGAGAGAAGCUGCUCGGAAGAAAAAAAUACCAGAAGACUGUACAGAAAACACAAACAAGUGAAAUAUGCACUGCAAAUACUUUGUCUUAAAUAG